CCCCCAUCUUGUUUCUCGCUCUGCGCGCCCCUGUGCCCUCAUUCCACUUGUCCAACUCGUGGAGUCACUCAUCACAACUCGACAAUGCAGGCCCUGAGCGCCAAGACCGCCGUCGCCGGCACCCGAGUGGUGGCCAAGGCUGCCGGCCCCGCCCGCGCCGCGCGCUCCGGCGUGGUGGUGCGCGCCGCCGCCCGCGCCAACUGGCUGCCCGGCAACGACUUCCCAGCGCACCUGGAGAACAGCCCACUGCCCGGCAACUUCGGCUUCGACCCGCUGGGCCUGGGCGCCAACCCCGAGCGCCUGGCGUGGUUUGCCGAGAGCGAGCGCGUGCACUGCCGCUGGGCCAUGCUCGGCGUGGCCGGCAUCCUGGUGCAGGAGCUGGUGAGGCCCGACGUUUUCUGGUACACCUCGGCUGUGGAUGUGGAGCUGCCCUUCGACAUCACCGGCCUGGUGGCCUUUGAGCUGUUUGUCAUGCACUGGGUGGAGUCUCGCCGCGGGUAUGACAUCAAGAACCCCGGCAGCAUGGACCAGGACCCCAUCUUCUCCAACUUCAAGCUGCCCUCGCACGAGCCCGGCUACCCCGGCGGCAUCUUUGCGCCGUUUGUGCCCGGCUCCAUGGAGGAGCUCAAGGUGAAGGAGAUCAAGAACGGCCGCCUGGCGAUGCUUGCCUUCAUCGGCUUCACCAUGGCCGCACAGAUCUCCGGCCUCAACCCCCUUGCGGCCCUGGGCGAGCACCUGUCCGACCCCCUGAACACCACCAUCUUCUCCAAGGCGGUCGUCGUGCCCGGCCAAGCCAUCGUGCCCCCCUGCAAGAUCCCGGACACCGUCACCUUCCAGGGCGUCUCCAUCCCCGCGGGCUGCUUCCUCCACGCCCUGUGGCCAUGAACGUGCUUGGACGCCUGACUCCCUGACUCGCGCGUCGUCGCAUCCCUUGCUGCCGCUGGGCGUGCUGCUGGGCAGCUCCCCACACUGAGAAGAACUUUUUAUUUUGCUCUCCGCUGGUGUAUCCUGUCUCCCUGCUGCUGGGGUUGUAACCAUUCAUUCCUGC